GCAGCGUCUGCUCUUGGACCUGUCAAAUCUCUGCACUUUCCAGGUGUUUCUGCGUCUCAGGUUCCUCCAACUGUUCUGCCUCAAGGAAUUGGGAGUUGGCGAAUGAACGUUGGAUUGUGGCGUUCUGCUAACGUUCCAGGAACCUACCGGUGGUGUCCUGCUGCCGGUGCCUGUGAGGUUCCCUCAUAGAGACCAUGUUCUAGAGGUUCUGGGUUCUCGAAGCCUGGCUCAGACUCUGGAAGAUGAACAAUGAGGACGAGUUCUACGACGCCGUCACAGGCUUGGAUUCGGAUGAGUCAUACGAGGGAGUGUCGGAGGCUAGUUUUAAAGAUGCGGUGGUAUUUGACGGCAGCCAGCAGAACAAUGGCUCCGUUCCACAAGAGAACGGAAUCAAGAAACACAGGACCAGAUUACCGGCCCCCAUGUUCUCCAGAAACAACUUCAGUGUGUGGAGCAUCCUGAAGAAAUGCAUUGGACUGGAGCUGUCCAAGAUCACCAUGCCCAUCGUGUUCAAUGAGCCUCUCAGCUUCCUCCAGAGGAUCUCUGAAUACAUGGAGCACACUUACCUCAUCAACAAAGCCUGCUCGCUGUCUGACUCUAUAGAACGCAUGCAGGCGGUAGCUGCUUUCGCUGUGUCUGCUGUGGCCUCCCAGUGGGACAGGACUGGAAAACCCUUCAACCCACUACUGGGAGAGACUUACGAACUCAUCAGAGAGGACCAGGGCUUCAGGCUGGUGUCAGAGCAGGUGAGCCAUCACCCUCCAGUCAGUGCCUUCCACGCAGAGAGCUUGACAGGAGACUUUGUCUUCCACGGAUCCAUCUACCCCAAGCUCAAGUUCUGGGGCAAGAGCGUUGAGGCGGAGCCCAAGGGAAUCAUUACACUAGAGCUCCUCAAGCACAAGGAGGUGUACACAUGGAGCAAUCCCUUCUGCUGUGUCCACAACGUGAUCCUGGGCAAGCUGUGGAUAGAACAGUACGGCACGGUGGAGAUCGUCAACCACAGUACUGGAGAAAAGUGUGUGCUGAACUUCAAGCCUUGCGGCCUGUUUGGGAAGGAGCUGCACAGAGUAGAGGGCUACAUUCAAGAUAAGAGCAAGAAGAAGAAGUGUGUGAUCUACGGGAAGUGGACCGAGUGCAUGUGGAGCGUCGACCCUCAGACCUACGACCUCAACAAGAAGGCAGAGAGGAAGGCCGACCCCAAGAAAACCAAGCAGGAGGAGCCUGAGGGGGCAGUGAAUGAUGAUGCGGAUGACAUGCCUGAGGCCCAGGAGACUGUAGCUGCCAUCCCUGGCAGCACACUCCUCUGGAGGAUCUCAUCCCGACCGGCUCACUCCACCGAGAUGUAUAACUUCACUAACUUUGCCAUGGCGCUGAAUGAACUGGAGCCUGGCAUGGAGGGCACGCUGGCACCCACAGACUGCCGCCUGCGGCCCGACAUCAGAGCUAUGGAGAACGGCAACAUGGACGAGGCGAGCCGAGAGAAGGAGAGGUUGGAGGACAAGCAGAGGGCUGCCAGGAAGGACAGGGCCAAGACAGAGGACGAGUGGUCCACCAGGUGGUUCCAGUCUGGCACUAACCCCUACACCAGCUCCCAGGACUGGCUCUACACUGGAGGCUACUUCAGCAGGAACUACACCGACCUGCCUGACAUCUACUGAGCCGGGGUGUCGCCACCAAUCCCCCUCCCUCCCACCCUCCUCACCCACCAGCUUGCUUCUCUUCAUGGCCUCCAUGGUCUAAGCAUAAGAUAACGUUUAGACCUUAACCACAGCACAUAUGUAUCGAUAUGUUUGCAGCACAAGCCCCCCUCCCCCUCAUACACAGACACACAGCUUGAGAUGGACAGACAAGAUGGAAGACAGAACAACAGUCGCUGGUGUGAUCAGGGCUGUGAAUGCACCUUCUGACGGACGAUGGAUGGAUGGACUCGCACGUGCACGUAUACACACACUGUGUGUGGAUUAUGAGGGACAAUACAAUGUCACACUAUUAUCUGUAAACACGGACAGGAAGUGAUGUAACUGAGUCAGGAAGAGACCAUGUUUGAAAAUGGAGAUGUUCCCCUCCGCCCCCUCCCUCAAUUGGGCCAUAAAGAGAUUUGACCUCUUUACCUACAGUGAAACAGACCCAUGAAAAUGGUCUCCUCAAAGUACCCAGGCCCACUCCAUAUCCAUGUUCCCCAUUGGUCGGUCAUUCUCUAAACUCAGCCCUUCAGCUUGCCAACAACUCUAGCAGUGUUUACACUGUGUCCUAGCACACUUACAAAAUGAGUUUUUCAACGAGGGUCAUAAAAAAAACAUUGGCAUCCACCAGGAACUCAUCCCCAGAAGCCAUUGUUAAAUGCUUAUGCGGGUCUUUUAGAUAACUGUCGGUUGGGUGCAUGUUAGAUUUGGUUGAGAUCUAUCAUAAGUGUAUACUCACCUGCAGCAUUUUCCAGUCUUCUCUGAGCACGAGUAGACCCGUCAGCCAGUGUGAGUGUCUGCUCCUCUGCUGCAUGGCUCUCUGCUGCAUGGCUCUCUGGUCCAGCUGCACAACCUGUCCUCACCCCUCCCUGGCUCUCUGCUCCAGCUGCACAGCCUGUCCUCACCCCUCCCUGGCUCCUCUGCUCCAGCUGCACAGCCUGUCCUCACCCCUCCCUGGCUCCUCUGCUCCAGCUGCACAGCCUGUCCUCACUCCUCCCUGGCUCCUCUGCUCCAGCUGCACAGCCUGUCCUCACUCCUCCCUGGCUCCUCUGUUCCCUGCCUGCUGCUCACCACUCUAGCUAGUCUGCUUGGACGUCCAGUAAUCAUGGCAAGGAAUGAUGAUUCCUGAAACAAAACAUUAAGGGGUUGAUAACAAAAACAGUUGUUGAGAGUAAUUGGUGUGAGUGUGCGUGUGUGUGUGUGAUGGAUGGAUGUCAUUGACUAGCCAUUUGUACAGACUCUAAAGCCAUAUGGGUAGUUUUAACACCAAGGAGGCCAUGGCUUGCAAACAUGGUGUUGCCAGUCUGUUCUCUGCGAUCACGACAGCAUGUGAAACUCAAAGACUUAACCACAGCUAUAAUUAGAGUAGGAUCGUGAAAAGAAAAAAUGUAAAUAGUAACUUCAUGAGCUAUAAAUCAUUGUAGUUCAGCCUUAUCCACUCAGUGAAUUUGAUAUUAGAUGGAAACAGUAGUUUCAUCAGCUAUUUCACAUGGUAGUUGUCAUCCCUACCAAGCUCACUGAAUUCUAGCCUUCCUGGUUAGGUACUGAAAGUAGUUUUAACCAGCAAAAACAUUUAACAAUGUUCUGUGUAUUUCAACUGUCUAUGGCCAUGUUAGAGAAUGUCUGAAUGAAAUCUGUGCUCCCCUUCACCAAGAACUAUAGCUUGGCUCCAGAACUGUUUUAUAGGAUUUAAAGUAAUUUACCAACAACAGGCCAAUGGCAAAUAAGCUUGACUCAUAGCUAGUUUGUUGACCAAUAACUAGCUGUUGUUCAGUUUAAUUGUAGCUUGCUUUCAAAUCAAGCUAGAUUAAGAUAAAGCGUCAAAGCUAUCUAGCUAAAGCGCACACAGUUGAGGAACCAAGCUAUUAGAACUUUUCUACGCUCCCAAACCACACUGUGCAUUCCAGGUAUCAGCCACAAUCUAUGCAACCAACCACUCCUAGGCCCACCCUCCUCUGUAUAUGAACAUGCAUAAUAAAACCAAAUAAACACUUCUUCACGACCACAAAACAUUCCGUUUUUGUCGAGUAACAUUGGGAACUUCAUUGACCUGUAAACUGCAACAACAAAUCUUCGCAGUGAUUGUGAAUACUGUAUGGUCUAUAGAUCUCUUUAGUGUGUUGUACUUUAAAAGUUCUACUUAGGUAAAUGGAUACUGUAGAACAAAUUAAUUGUGACUGAAACAUUUGACCUGCGCCCCCCUCCCCCCCAUCCAAAGUUAGCUACUUUUUUUACUUUACAUACAAUCCUUUUUUUCACAAUCUUUUUUUCUUAUUCAAAUGAUUAUAGAUGCUUCGAAGAAGUGAUUCGUUUUUGCAAAACGGUGUGGUAAGCCAACAAGUCAUAGAUAAUUAUGUCAUUCUUCAGUUUAAAUGUUAUUACCUUGUUAUUCCUUUUGCCUGGAUUUAAGUAAACCUUUUAAAUGUACCAUUAUUUAUGCGUUAGGUUUAUUGGAGAAAUGUUUUGACAAAUAAUUAGUUUGUUAACUCAUCUCUCUUUGUCUAUAUAUUAUCAUUAAUUACAAAGUGAACAGUUAAAUAUAGAGCAGGAGUGUAUAUCUUCACUGUCUGUGCAGAAAAUGUUUGUGAAAUUUACCACACUACUUCUGGUUCUAUCACUUCAUCAUGGUUAGCUACAUGCUAAUAUGGUUAUCCACAUGGUAAUGCAGGUAAAGACUAAUGUAUCAACAUUAAAAAGUAGAUUUUA